UCUUCGGAAUUUAGAGAAUCGAAAAAAAGAGAUGUCUUCAAAGGCCGGGUUUAGGUCAUAUUGUCUGCGGAACUGCAGCAUAUGCAUAGGCGCCCCACGGCUGGAGCCGCUGUGUUAUCGUGUUGGCCAUCUCAUUUCCGAGCCCGAUUCUCCGACAUAAGAGUAAAUACGGUCUCCGUUGGCCAUGUUGGUACUUGCGAUAGGCUAUGGUUGGAAGUAUGCUCUUGUGAUCCCUCAUCCUCAACACUACUACGAUCGAAGUGGCGGAUCGUAUGGUGAAAUACAUACCAUACCGUUACGAAUCCACAUUAGUCCCCCCCACUGCGGAACUAUUUUCAGGGCCUAUCCACUACCAGCAACACGACGGGGCUAGGCGGGCCACGGGUAGACCCCAUUUUAGGUCUUACUUACUUUGCCUAGCCGCCUAGUUUGUGGAUGAUCUCGCACAUUUUGAAGUCCCUCCAUGUGGUUCCCCCCUGACCAGAGUUACACGCCCUCCCACCAAAGAGCAACUACAAUCCUACAAGGGUCCCAGGAACGUACCGUAGUAUUCAAGAUGGAUACCAUUCCAUCGCUCCUAAUGCUUGCCGGAGCUGACCACAGGUCCACCCUUGGCCGGCUCUAGCUCUCACAUGCCCCGGUAUGUGAAGUUGUAUAAAAUAAUCUAACGCCUACCAACGUUAUAUCGUUAGGUUUACUGGCUUGUUUUUGUUGCGAGCCCAUCAGUUCGUCGCGUCGCUUCAAAAUGCGGUGGCAUUUAGGCCUCUUACCGUCGCUAAUACUUCAAUUAGGGCUGCUGCAAACAUGCGUCGUCGCUUCGACGGUGUCCAUUCAUGACGAUUCAUGGCAGCCCGAAUAUGUGCUCCACGCGACCUUCGAAACCAUUACGAUGAAUUGCGAGAAACGCGAGUCGGUGAUAUUCAAUGGAACAAUGCCCGGGCCUCCAUUGUUCCUAAAGGAGGGAGAGACAACUUGGGUCAGAGUGUACAAUGACAUGCACGAUAGAAACUUCACAGUGCAUUGGCAUGGUCUCACUAUGCGAGUAGCACCAUUUUCGGACGGGACUCCUAUAGUGUCCCAAUGGCCUAUUGCUCCAGGCACGUUCUUUGAUUACGAAAUACAUCCUGAAGUAGGCGACGCUGGCACGUAUUUCUAUCACUCUCACAUGGGCUUUCAAGCAGUUACAGCACAUGGGCUAUUGGUAGUGGAGGAUCAAGGCGAACCGCCGUAUGAGUAUGACGAAGAUAUCCCAGUUGUCUUUGCAGAUUGGUACAUGAAGACAGAUGAAGAGGUCGAAAAGGGACUUACAUCCACACCUUUUAAAUGGUCGGGCGAGCCAAACGCAUUGAUAUUCAACGACCGCACUGGAAAUAAAUCGUUCGAGGAUGCACCUGAUGACUCCUGCAAACCGUACAUCAUAGACGUGGAGCCUGAAACGACCUACCGAGUCCGAUUUGUUGGGGGGACUGCCAUAUCUUUCGUUCACUUCGGUAUCGAGGAACACACUAAUCUAACCAUCAUCGCUGCGGAUGGGUAUUACUCGAAGCCCGCCACGACGGACCAUAUCCAAAUCGGCAGCGGGCAAAGAUUCGAUAUUUUACUUACCACCAAGACCCAAGAUGAAGUAGACGCUGAUGGGAAGGAUGGUCAGUAUUGGUUUCGAUUCGAGAGUCGCGGGCGUCCGGAAGACAUGGGAGGGUACGCGUUGCUUCAAUACAGUAACAAUACCAUUGAAAGCAAUUCGACGGCAAAAUUUAGAAGAAGGGGUUCAUCGGAUCACGGAUCUAAGCCACAGGACAGCAAGCGGCAUGGAACUAAUCUACCAAACUUCCCCAGCCAGCCACCAGUCUCGUUACCACCCGAUGGUAACUCAGUAGCUAAGUGGAUGGAAUACACCCUCGAGCCCUUACACGUACCUACACCGUUCCCCACGCUUGAUGAGGUUACACGCACUCUCUAUAUCACGGUCAGUCAAGACAUCAUCAACGGUUCAUACGAUGCUGGCACGGUAACAGGAUCGAUGGUGUGGGAGCAAAACAACUUAUCGUGGACCGAAGACGAAGCUCAAAAGCUACAUACUACGCCAUAUCUAAUUCAAGCAUACAUUGAUGGGAAGACCCCGGACUAUGAGGCUGCACUUGCCAAUAACGGAUGGGAUCCUGGGACUAGGGCAUUCCCGGCCCUGGUUGGCGAGGUCCUCGACAUCGUUUGGCAGAGCAACUCUGGUCCUACCGGCGGGUUUGAAUAUCACCCUAUGCACGGACAUGGUGAACAUUACUGGGACCUUGGAUCUGGGAAUGGCACAUACGAUGCUGCAUCCAACGAAGAGCACUUUCAGAAUUACACGCCUAUGAAGCGCGACACAACAAUGCUGCACCGAUACACGGCUAAGGGCCAAAGCAACACUACAGCUGGUUGGCGGGCAUGGAGAAUCCGCGUCACUGAAGAUAAUGUGGGUGCAUGGAUGAUGCAUUGCCACAUUCUGCAGCAUAUGAUUAUGGGCAUGCAAACCGUCUGGGUGUUUGGUGAUGCGCUCACGAUCCUUCGUGAGAUCCCUCCACCGUAUAUCAGUGGAUAUCUGGACUACGGUGGUAGUGCUUAUGGUAACGAAACUUACGACCCGCUAGUACUAGAAUAUUAUUCGGAAGAGACUACGAUCUAGCUAAUAUUUGAUGAAAGAUAUCAUGAGCGUUCGGAAAAGAGAUUUAUGUUAGAUGGCAUUUGGGGUGUAUAUAUGAGGCAUUCUUGGAUAUCCUUUAACGACUGCAUAUGUAUAUGGUAGCAUUUCAGUUCAUAGAUAUCCCAAUUCCCCUUUUCGUCGGAUAUCCUUUCUGUGCCGCGAAUAGGCAUUGUGGUUUUCCGUGGCGCUGGUCCCGUUUGGAACCGGGAACCCCAAUGCGGAAUUCGUUUAUUUUCGACGCUGUGCCGCAAGGUUGCAUUCUAGUUACUAAGUACCCUGUCAGCUUCCAGCUUUAGCUUGAAGGGCUGAAUAGAUCGUGGCUUGAUCUUCGGUGUUUUCCGAAGUCGAAGGAUUCAAGCUUCUUUUUGAAACAUUCCGAUAUACCUUAUAGGGCGAGGCAUGGUUAAAGUGGGCUGACUAUUAAAAUGAGGUAAGGCAAGGAACUUUAGACGGUGAAUGGUAUAGUAACAUCGUGGGAUCGAUGAACGCGUCUUAACCUAUAAGCUUGAUUGCUAAAAAGAGGGAAUUUAAACGUUUGGAACAAACGAGAAAAACUAAGAAUGAGACCAAAUCGCGAUUCUGAAACUCCAUCCGUUGGUUUGGACUACUUAAUA